AUAUAUAUUUGCACUUGUUCGUACAAAGCAACACCACAACAAUAAUAUGACCAUCCCGAAAACUGUGCUCAGCAGCAAAAAAGAUGCUUCUCUUCCUUUACCCCCAACUCCACCUUCAAAAGAGCCUGGAUCUUCGUGGGGUCUACUCAAAGAUCCCGUCUUCAUACUUCUCAGUGCUUCCCACUACAUAUCAAUUAUUGGGUUCUGUAUUCCCCUGAUGCUUUUCGCGGAUUUCACAGGAGGCUUCACCUAUAUUCUAAUGCGAGUUGUAUUUCUGUUUGGAAUGCUUACCGCGGGCUUGUACAUUGGAAGCACAUACUUGAGCCCGCUUGUUGAAGGUGGGAAUAUCCGGAAUUUGAUCCUGAUCACCCUGUCGCAAAUGAUCGCAGGACUUUUGACGAUUGCUAUUCCCAAUAUUCAUCAACCAGGAAUCAAUUUUGUGUUCUACCUGUUCCUUGGAAUAGUAUUCGGCCAGAGCUUCACCCUCCCACACUUUGUGACUUUUGCUUCUGAACAAUCCCAAAACUUUCUCCUAGCAAUCAAACUUUCGGCGAUUCUAGUCGGUAUGCCGUGUGCAGCAUUUUUCUACUUGAAAUUCGAUAACUUCGAGGCCACCUACUAUUUUGGAGGAUCGUUGUUGGUUUUUGCUGCACUGAUCUCAGCUCUAGUCCCGUUCAUAGUUUUGUGGAGGGAAAAAGAUUCUGCGGUCAAGAAGCUUGCUGAAUAGUGAACAUGGAAUUUUAUGUUGAAAUUGUUUAAUAAAUCUGUAUUAUAU